CUCUGAAGGUUUUGAUACAAAAAUUGUAGUUGGCAAAGAACCAAAUAUUAAGGAAUUUAAAGCACAUUCGAUUAUCUUAUUGUCAAGGUCCGCUUACUUUAAAAAUGCAUUAUCCUCCCGGUGGGCAAAUAAAGAAAAUGGAAUAAUCAUUUUCAAUAAGCCUAAUAUUUCUCCAUUGGUAUUUGAAGUUAUUAUAAGUUAUAUUUAUACAGGAAAGUUUAAUGUUACAAAUAACGCUAGCCUUGUUGACAUUUUUAUUUCCGCUGACGAGAUUGAAUUACUUGAACUUUGUAAACAACUUAAGAAACAUUUACUUGAAACUGAAACAGCAUGGAAAUUUCCAAAAGAUUUUAUUACAUUAGGUCCACAUCAUGAUGUUGAUUUGUAUAAUUUUGCAUUAGAUCUUGCACAAUAUAAAAAUGUAAUUCCAGAUCUUUCUGCUGAUAUUUUACGUAUCGUGGCUUCUGGGCAAGACCCUAACUACGAUCUUUUACAAAAAAGAAUAUCAGCAUAUCCUUUUGAUUCUAAAAUUAUUGACGCUAAAGAUGCAGCAUUAAUAGCAAGUUGGAUUGAUAACGAACGAGAAUUACCUUACCGUUUUGAAGAUAUGCCCUUCAAAUUUGAGCUGAUUUAUCGUACAAGCCAAGAAAAUUUCAGUAUUAGUAAGUUUCAUGACAAUUGCGAUAAUAAAGGACCAACUGUUGUUAUAAUUAAAGUCCUAAAUUCAAAGGAAAUAAUUGGUAGAUAUAACCCAUUAGAUUGGCGUAGCACUGGAUUAAUGAACGAUAGAUGCUCAUCGUCAAAUGCUUAUGAUGACUAUAAAUGUAAAACAUCAAAGAGUUUUAUAUUUUCAUUGCUUUCAUUUUCAAAUAGAGCACUAAGAAAGUCCCGAUUAAGCCGUAUAUCUACUGAAACGAAGCAAUCAUUUGGUAAUAAUUCUUCACAAAGGUCUGUUAGUGGUACAAGCAAACAACAUUCUUAUGAAGUAGGAAUUAUUGACAAAGAUACAUUUGAAAUAGAAGAGUAUGAAGUGUUUAAAAUUACUGAUAAGAGAUUCUCAUUUA